ACCGAGUGGCGCGAGAGGAGACACGAGAGGAGUGCCCCGGUGAGACGCUCGCGCCGCGCCUCCGCCCCCAGAUCGUGGACCCGACGCCGAUCGGUUCCUGCCAUGGAGCAGCCCACGCGGCCCGUACCCGCGGACGGCGGGGAAUUCCCCGACGGCGCGGGCGACAGGGCGCCGGUGGAGGUGGAGGUGGCGGUGGAGGACGAGGCGGGGGAGGAAGAGGAGGAGCCGCCGCGAUCGGCGACGGCGAAGCAGGAGGAGGCAAAGGCGGCGCUGGGCGCCGAGGGGUCCCAGCCGUUCACCACGCGGGAGCUCGUCGGUGAGAUCAAGGAGGACGGCGAGGCGGACGGGGGCGGAGGCGUUGGGGAUGGGGACGGGGUCGGAUCCGCCGAUGCUGAGGGUUCUUCGUCCAGCCGAGAUAGCAUGCAGCAGUUUUCAUCCCAUCAUGAUGUAGCCAUGGAAUUAAUAAAUAGUGUCACUGGAGUGGACGAGGAAGGUCGUUCUCGCCAAAGGAUUCUUGCUUUUGCUGGAAAAAGAUAUCUAAAUGCAAUUGAAAGAAAUCCUGAUGACCCUGAUGCAUAUUAUAAUUGGGCCCUAGUCCUCCAGGAGAGUGCAGAUAAUGUGGACCCCAAUUCUGGUUCCUCCAAAGACGCGUUACUUGAGGAGGCCUGCAAAAAGUAUGCUGAAGCUACCCGACUUUGCCUGACUCUUUAUGAUGCAUACUAUAACUGGGCCAUUGCUAUUGCUGAUCGAGCUAAAAUACGAGGUCGUACCAAAGAAGCCGAAGAUUUCUGGAGACUGGCAAUACUGAAUUAUGAGAAGGCUGUCCAGCUAAAUUGGAAUAGCCCGCAGGCUCUAAAUAAUUGGGGCCUUGGACUACAGGAACUGAGCGCCAUUGUUCCUGCUCGGGAGAAACAAACCAUCAUAAAAACAGCUAUAAGUAAGUUUCGUGUUGCUAUCCAAUUGCAAUUUGAUUUCCAUCGGGCUAUAUACAAUCUUGGAACUGUCUUGUAUGGUUUAGCUGAGGAUACCAUGAGAUCUGGGAAGCCAGACAUAUCCCCUAAUGAGCUUUACAGUCAGUCUGCUAUCUAUGUUGCAGCUGCUCAUGCAUUGAAACCAAAUUACUCGGUCUAUCGCAGUGCUUUGCGACUAGUCCGCUUGAUGUUGCCUUUGCCAUAUCUCAAAGUGGGAUAUUUGACCGCUCCUCCAGCCAAUAAUGCCAUUGCACCACACACUGAUUGGGAGAGGUCACAGUUUGUUCUGAACCAUGAGGGACUCCAGAAGGCCAAUGCCUCUAGCCAGCCUCCAUCACAAUCAAUGGACAGAGGAAGAAAGCCUACCCGAAUAGCUGUUGAGGAUAUUGUUUCUGUGUCAGCAUCCGCUGAUCUAACAUUGCCACCUGGUGCUGGUCUUUGUGUAGAUACUGUUCAUGGACCUAGGUUCUUGGUUGCUGAUAGCUGGGAGGCUCUUGACAGUUGGCUAGAUGCUUUAUGCCUAGUCUACACUAUAUUUGCAAGAGGGAAAAGUGACGUUCUGGCUGGUAUUAUUACUGGCUAAUAUAUCAUACAGAAAAACUGCACAAUGAAUAGAGGCUCAGAAAUUGUGUAGGCUCAUUGUCAAUUCAUUCUCUCUUGUGGAUUUACCUGUGUUGAUUUAUCUCAUGGCUUAUGUGAAGUAGAGAUGCUGAUCGGUAACUCA